UGUAACAGUACAGCUUUAGUACACAAUUCGAUGCCGUGUGGGUCGGCUGUGUACUGAAUAGCAGCAAUUGUGUCCCGUUAUUUUUUAGAAAUGACGAAGCUCCUCAUCAUAUUCGCUCUACUUGGACUAGGAGCUGCAGUGUACUACGUCCUCAACUGCAAUGAGGGUCGCCAGCCUCCUCAGAUGGACCCGGAGGAGUGGUGGGGCCCGAAGGACACGAAGGGACGAGUGGAUAAGACCAUCAAACCCUUUAAAGUCAAGUUUGAGGAACCGAUGAUCCAAGACCUCCGCCAACGUCUGAAGAGCCACCGACCAUUCACACCCCCUCUUGAAGGAGUCGGUUUUGAGUACGGUUUCAACACUGACCAGCUGAACAGUUGGCUGACCUACUGGGCUGACAAGUACAACUUCGCCGAAAGGGAGAAGUUCCUCAACCAAUUCCCUCAGUUCACGACCAACAUCCAGGGUCUGGACAUCCACUUCAUCAGAGUUAAACCUCAGGUGCCAGCAGGAGUGAAGGUGCUUCCGUUACUGCUGGUGCACGGCUGGCCGGGCUCCGUCCGGGAGUUUUACGAGGCCAUCCCAAUGCUGACGAAGCAAAGGCCAGGAUAUGACUUCGUGUUCGAAGUCAUUGUCCCCAGCUUGCCUGGGUACGGGUUCUCGGAUCCUGCAGUCCGCCCAGGCCUUGGUCUUCCGCAAACAGCAGUGAUCUUCAAGAACCUGAUGAACCGCCUCGGACACAAGAAGUUCUAUGUUCAGGGUGGCGAUUGGGGCGCAGGAGUGGCCUCCAGUAUGGCUACACUCUUCCCCGAGGAUAUUCUGGGACACCACUCUAAUAUGUUGAUCGUUCAGAACUCGUGCUCCCAACUGAUGUACUUCUUCGGAUCGAUCUUCCCCUCGUUUGUGGUGGAAUCUCGCCUGGCUGACCGAAUGUACCCCAUCACUGAAUGGUUCGCGUACGCCUUGGAGGAGUUCGGAUACUUCCACCUUCAGGCUACCAAGCCUGACACCAUUGGUGUGGCCCUUACCGAUUCCCCAGCUGGUCUUCUGGCCUACAUCCUGGAGAAGUUCUCCACCUGGACCAAUAGAGAUUUCAAGACGACCAAAGACGGCAACCUUGGCUUCAGGUUCACGAAGGACCAGCUCAUUGACAACCUCAUGCUAUACUGGUCCCCGAAUAAGAUCACGACGUCCAUGAGGUACUACGCUGAGAACAUGAGCAAGAAGAUCAGAGAUAUGGACCUUGACUCAAUCAAAACUCCCGUACCCACUUGGGGAUACCAAGCCAAGUACGAACUGUUUUACCGUUCCCCAAGAAUGCUGCGGACCAAAUACACGAACCUUCUAAACGUCACCGUGACAGAAGAUGGCGGUCAUUUCUUGGCCCUGGAACUGCCUAAAGAACUGACAGAUGACAUAUUCAAAGCUGUCAAAGCAUUCAUGGAAUUCCACAGUAAGAAAGUCAAGACUGAGUUGUAAGUUUUAUUUAAAGGCCUUUUCACAAUAGUUUAUUACCAGGCCUUUUCAAUGCUGUGAAUAAGACAAUUUGUAUAAAUUGAAAUUAAUUUUGAUGAUGCAUUUAGUUAAGAUUGAAAUAGAUUUUUAAGAUUGUUGAUUGUUAAUAAAGUUUUGUACGAUUUU